AUAGUUCUAUAUACUAUAUAAAGGCUACAAGGGUUGCCCAAUUUCUCUUCACUCUUCCAUCCCCCUUCUAAUUUUAAAAGCUUAUGCUAUUUUGCAUUGUGACGUUCGCCUUUAUCUUGUUAAUUAUUGCUCUUUGAAGUAAGGGGUGAGUGGGCAUUAUGAAGUGCACGAGAGGUACCAAUGGAUGUCUCAAAAACAUGGUUUUGACAGCUUUUAUGGUGGCCGUGGUUGUUGUCCAACUCCAACAUGUGAGUUGCAACGGUGUUGGUGAUGGUACCAGUGGUGUUGGAUUUGUUCAACGAAGUGGCACCAACUUUGUUGUGAAUGGGAAACGUUUUUACUUCAAUGGAUUCAAUGCUUACUGGCUCAUGUACAUGGGAACUGACCCAUCUACAAGGUCCAAGGUCACAACCACUUUACAACAAGCCUCCAUUCAUGGCUUAAGGGUUGCAAGAACUUGGGCCUUCAAUGAUGGACCUAAUUACAGAGCCCUCCAGAUUUCUCCUGGCACCUAUGACGAGAAUGUGUUUAGAGGAUUGGAUUUUGUAGUUUCUGAAGCGCGAAAAUAUGGGGUGCGGUUGAUACUGAGCUUUGUGAACAAUUGGAAAGAUUUUGGUGGGAAAAAUCAGUAUGUGCAAUGGGCAAGAGAGCAUGGUGGCCAAAAUGUUAACAAUGAAGAUGACUUCUUUAGUAACCCAGUUGCUAAGCAAUACUACAAGAACCAUAUUAAGCAGGGGUGGCAUAUAAGGAUGAUCCAACCAUUUUUGCGUGGGAAUUGAUGAACGAACCUCGUUCCCAAAGUGACUACUCAGGCAAAGUUAUCAAGGAAUGGGUGAUUGAGAUGGCUGCUUAUGUGAAAUCCAUUGAUAGAAAUCAUUUACUUGAAGUUGGACUUGAAGGCUUCUAUGAUGAAACCAGAAAACAAUUCAAUCCAGGAUAUCAAUUAGUUGGCACUGAUUUCAUUUCUAGCAACCAAGUUCCCCAAGUCGAUUUUGCUACCAUCCAUCUCUAUCCCGAUGAAUGGAUGGCAGGGUCGAACGAAGUAGCAAAGGGUGAAUUUGUAGACAAAUGGAUAAAAGCACACAUUGAAGACACACAGAAGAUUUUGGGAAAGCCCAUUGUUGUUGGAGAGUUUGGCAAGUCUUCAAAGACACCAGGGUAUAGCGUUGAAGAAAGGGACAAUUACAUGAGAAAGAUCUAUGAUGCAAUAUUCACUAGUGCUAGUAGUGGGGGACCUUGUGCUGGUGGGCUUUUUUGGCAGCUCAUGGCCCAACAAAUGGAUGGCUUCCGAGAUGGCAAUGAAAUUAUCUUCCAAGAGUCCCCUUCUACUACCAAAAUUAUCGACCAACAAUCUUACAGAAUGUCAUCUAUCUCUUAGUUAGUAGUUACAUACAUACAUACAUGAUACAUCAUAUACCACCUCCAGCAUUUCCCCUCAAAUAAAUAUAUAUGUAUGUAUAUGUAUACGUAUAUGUAUAUAAUAGUAAUACUUGUGGUGCAUGCAUGGUACGUAAGUGUAGAAGAAUAAGAUACUAGCUAUUUAAGAGUUGGUUUCAAUUGUAAGAGAUUAUAAUGGGAAAAACAAUACUAUAUGUUUAAUUAUUAAUUCAUGUGGAGCAGAUAUAUCA